AUGGCAGGUGAUGGAGUCUACAAAAUCCAGGAAAUCAUCCCAAAGGAAUACACCAGGGACGUUGAACUUGUCGAGGUGAACGUCGUAGAAAUAAAUCGCAAGGAUACAGAGCUAGCUCUCAACUUGACAUCUGAGGCACGCAAGACUCCCUUUUUUGAGAAUGCAACUUACCUUCGCAUGUGCAAAGGAGAGGGCGACCGUAUACUUUUGAUAUAUGGAAAUGACAAGGAGUUUGUGGAAAAGACAUUUUCCGAAAAUAAAUUGGAAAUACAUGGGUUUCAUACCGCAAGUGUGCCAAAAUAUGCUCCAUACACUCUAGAGCAAUUUCACAAGUGGAAGGUACAUUGGCCUUUAAAGUUUAUAAGACCAUCGUUUCAGCCCCUGGACAUUACGGAGGAUUUAAAUGUGGAAAUGACUAGUCUAUUACAGAAAGCCAUAGAUGAGUCUAGGGAGAAAUCAGGAAAAGGAGUCUGUAUAAUCACGUUUCGUGGUAAGAUUAUCGCAAGUGCAUGUGACGAACGUGACGUUCAUAUUUUAAGCCAUGCAUCAAUUUUAGCAAUCGCAAAAGUAGCAGAUGAUAAAGUAAAGAGACAGUUUGAAGAUAGACCAGAUUAUUUGUGCACUGGAUGUGAAGUUUACCUGAGCCAUGAACCCUGCUGUAUGUGUGGAAUGGCACUAUUGCACUCUAGAAUUUCAAAGGUAACAUACGGUUUCAAGAAUAAAAGUUUUGGCUGUUUUGGAUCCGUUUUUAAUCUACACAAUAUGGCACAGCUCAAUCAUCGGUUCCGAGCAUUCACCACGGUACCAGAUCUUGUACAGUAA